AUGCAGUUGAACGCCCUUGCUUCCUUGAUGUUCCUCGCCCUUGGGGCCAGCGCUGGGGUGGUUGAUAAGCGCAGUGGCGAGGGAGUACACCUCGCUAACUGUUACCAGCGCUCGCCCCUUGGCGACAUCCCUUACUCCAAGAUGAUUUACUACGCCGAUGAUUCUCAAGCCAGUCAGAACGUUGUGCCUUCGAGCUCCAAUCAAUGUUAUGUGACGAACCCGGGAGCUGGUGGCUGGAAGCUGUGGGAAGGUUCUUCCAUCACCUGCACCUUCCCGACCAACACCUUCUUCACCUCCAAUAUCCAAAGUGGCGCUGGUGGUUAUAGCGUUGGGCAAUAUGCCGGACCUGGCCAGAACAGCUUCCACGGUUUCAACUGCUACCGCGACAACAAUCACCAGCUUUAUGACGAUGGCACUCACAGGUGCUGGAGUGUUUACUACUGCCUUGGCGCUUAA